CCAGGUCAGGCUUCUGCUGCCCCCUUGACUCACCCCACGGGCUUCCCCCAAUCUCACCCCAUGCCUGGGGAGCAGGAGGGUUGUGUCAGCUCCCUGGCAAGCGCUCAAGCGGCGGAGGGGAGGGCGCUCGCCCCGGCCAAGUGGCGCAAGAGGUGCCUUCCCCAGCCCCAAGCCGCCGCCCCCCGCUCGGCCCGCUCGCUCGCACCCUGCCCUCCCCGGAUGCCUUUCGUCGCCGCGCCACAAAACCCGGCGGCUCCACCCCAGCCUUGACAGAAGCGAGGCGCUCGCACACCCCACGCGCUCCAGAGAGAGGCCGAGGCCGGAGAAGAGCGAGCGGCGGACCGACCGAGCGACCUCCUCGCCUCCUGCGGCUGCCAGGUGUCCUGAAGGCAUGUUUGACGGCAGGAGAAGAAAUCAUGCCAGUGCCGGACCCCCGUGGGGACGUGGGCCGUUGGGCCAAUGUCAGUUAUCGUGUGCGGCAGCCUGACGCGCCAGAGCCCACCCCCAGAAGGAAGAAGCGGAACUGGUUCAACAAAUGUUGCGGGUGCUGCUCUGGCCAUGCAGAUGAUGCGGACUGGGGGCCCGCACCUGGCGAGGUCCCGGGGAAUCGGCGAUCGGAGCCAGCCGUCCGAGAUGGCAUGCUGGUGAUCAGCGGAAUUGACUUGAUGAGCAGCCGAUCUGGCAGUAACCGCCGCGCUCACCGCACAAAUGAGUUUGAGUAUGACAACCUCAUCAUCCGCCGCGGGCAGCCUUUCGACAUGAAGCUUCAGUUCCGACAACCCUAUGACCCCGAGGAGCACCGGAUCUGCCUUGAGUUUCUCAUUGGCCCCUCGCCACAGGUCUCCAAGGGCACGCACAUCCUGGUCCCCGUCGGCAGCUCUUUGUCUGGCUUCGGCUGGUCAGCAGAGGUGACUGACACAGGCUCCAACACCAUGUCCCUCCGGGUUCACACCUCACCCAGCGCCAUCAUCGGCAAGUACCAGUUCAGCGUCAAGACGCGAAGCAAGGCGGGCGAGUACCCGGCGCCCUUUGACCCUCGCUAUGAAAUUUACAUCCUCUUCAAUCCCUGGUGCCGUGAGGAUCCUGUUUACAUGUCGCAGAGCGACUGGCUAGAGGAGUAUGUGCUGAAUGAAACAGGAAGGAUUUAUUAUGGGACAGAAAGCCAGAUUGGAGAAAGAACAUGGAAUUAUGCCCAGUUUGACAAGGGUAUGCUAGAUGCUUGUCUCUUCAUGCUGGACCGGCGCGGAAUGCCACAUGCAAGUCGUGGAGACCCCAUCAUGGUUUCCCGCGUUGUCUCUGCCAUGGUGAAUUCUCUGGAUGACAAUGGGGUGCUGGUAGGGAACUGGACAGGCAACUACUCCCGCGGCACCAACCCUUCAGCGUGGGUGGGCAGCCGAGACAUCCUCCUGAAGUACCACCAAACGGGCUACCCUGUUCUCUAUGGGCAGUGCUGGGUGUUUGCUGGAGUUGUGACCACAGUGCUCCGGUGCCUGGGCAUUGCCACGCGGACAGUCACCAACUACAACUCGGCACACGACACGGACAUCAGCCUCACCAUGGACAUUUACUUUGACGAGAACAUGAAGCCGAUAGAGAACCUCAAUAAAGACUCUGUCUGGAACUUCCAUGUCUGGAACGACUGUUGGAUGAAACGGCCUGAUUUGCCUUCAGGGUUUGACGGGUGGCAGGUGGUAGACGCAACACCACAAGAAUCUAGCAGUGGCAUUUUCUGCUGCGGACCCUGCUCCGUAGAGGCCAUCAAGAACGGGCUGGUUUACAUGAAAUACGAUGCCUCCUUCUGCUUUGCAGAGGUGAACAGUGACAAGGUGUAUUGGCAGCGCCAGUCUGACGGGAGUUUCAAGAUUGUCUACGUGGAGGAAAAAGCCAUUGGCCACUUAAUCAGUGCCAAGGCGGUUGGCUCUCAGCAGCGCCACGACCUCACCAGCAUUUACAAACAUCCAGAAGGGUCUGAGGCGGAGCGCAAAGCGGUAGAAACGGCGGCCAAGCACGGCACUAAGGCUCACAUCUACAAAGACAAGUCGUGGGGAGACGAGAUUGCGGUGACUGUGGAUACCCAAGAGGCCUACACGGGCCAAGACAUUUCCUUGACUGUCAACCUGAAGAACCGAAGUUCCAUGCCCCGCAACGUCUCCCUCAACCUCUUUGUGGCCGUCAUGUACUACACGGGCGUAACGGGCAGCAACUUCAAGCAGGAGCAGCGGCAGGUCCAAGUGCCGGCAGGCGGAGCCCAGGCUGUCCCCAUGGUGAUCUCCUACCCAGAGUACAAGCCCCACCUGGUUGACCAGGGGGCCAUGAAGCUGAGCAUCUCUGGGAAAGUGGCAGAGACUGGGCAGGUGAUAGCAAAGGAGCAUACCUUCCGACUGCGCACACCGGACCUCACUCUCACGUUGAUGGGCCCAGCUAUCGUUGGACAAGAGACCGAAGUGCAGAUUGUCUUCAAGAACCCACUUCCUGUGACACUAACCAAUGCCAUCUUCCAUAUGGAGGGAUCGGGUCUCUCCACCCCCAAUACGAUGACAGUGGGGAAUAUUGGUCCACACCAGACAGUAAGGCUACGUCAGACCUUCACACCGCUGCGUGCAGGCCAACGCCAGUUAGUGGCCAGCCUGGACAGCCCACAGCUCUCCCAGGUCCACGGGGUGCUGACGAUCAAUGUGACCCAGGGACCCCCACCAGGCCCGUCAUCUGCUUCUCCAGUACCUGCUCGGGGGUCUCCGGCCCGGGGACGGGCUUCUCCGGCCCGGGGACGGGCUUCUCCGGCCCGGGGACGGGCUUCUCCGGCCCCUGCCCGAGAUUCUGCGGCCCCUGCCCGAGAUUCUGCGGCCCCUGCCCGAGAUUCUGCGGCCCCUGCCCGAGAUUCUGCAGCUCCUCCUGCCCGAGAUUCUGCAGCUCCUCCUGCCCGAGAUUCUGCAGCUCCUCCUGCCCUCGCUCGGGCCUCUCCUGGUCGGCAGCCGGCAGGCCGCAGCAACCCAGCAAAUGCCCACGGGUCUCCAGCCCACCAUGCGGAUCCACGAGGCUCACCAUCGCGCCAGCCAGAUCCUCGAGGCUCCCCCAACGCCCCUGCUGCUAACAGGGCUGGGCGAUCGGGGCGGCCUGUCUGAGCCAGACCUUUUUAGUCAUUUUUUUAAAUCAUGUACUGUGUAAUUAAUUCUAUAUGAUAUCAGCAGAACUGGGAGCAGAAUGGAGAGGGAGGGGGGGCUGUGUGUGAGCCACAGUGGCUCAGUGGACUGCGGAGAUGGAAAGCCUCCCGUCGCAGGUCAUCCCUCAGCUGCAUGGUGCAUCCCACCAUCUCUCGGCCCUGCCUGUUCUUUGCCAUCAUCUAAUAUCUCUCCUCCCCUGCACCUACCCAUGCAAUGUGUUAUGCUGUUGCCUCCACUUUAUCCACCUUUUUUCUUUCUCUCACGUAUCUGCCCCCCGCAUGACUUAAUCUCCGUCCAUCCCCACAUGUCCUCCCUUCCCUCUUUGACUCUCCGUCCACAAUCAUGUAAUCCUUCCACCUUCACUCUCUUUCCCCACACUGUCAGUUUCACUCUCCCCAUAGUUCCAAGGCCAAAGAUUAUACAUGUUUGCCAGCACCACUGUGUUCCCUACAAAUCCACUUGUUCCCUCCCUCUUGAUCAGUGGGGUUCCCUAAAGGGUUUUGUUUCUUUUUGUAUUGAUUGCCCUCUUUUUUUAUUCUUCUUCACUGUGGCAUUCUUUUUGUUUUUAAACAAUACACUGAAUCUCAGACAUUCACACACACACAUGCUUGCUCCCACCAAAGGCAGCCAAGAGCUUCUAAAGGGAGACCUUGUUGUUCUUUUUAAGUCUUCCUAAGCUGAGCUACCCAUCCAGAUUGAUCCCCCACCAUAUCCACUGGAAAUUACCCCCACAGUCACACACUUGAGACUUGCUGCUUUUUACUUUUUUUUACAAAAUUUAUAUACCACUUGAUUGUAAAAAAAAAAACCUCUACAUAUUUUGUAGAAAACCUGUACAUAUUAACCUCCCCCCUUGGUCCCUAUUCGACAAGGUUAACAUAUACAGAUUGUGCAGGAGGAAUUCCCCCGCCCCCCAAAAAAUGUACCUGACAGCUGUGAGGAGGAGAGGGAGAGACUACUUAAGGAAGACUAAUCCACUGCAAAAUGUACUGAUUGGCCAUUGAUUGUUGACUGAUUUACCUUUGUUCGCUUAUUUAAAUGUACGCUCACGCAAAACGACCACAAUCUUCCCUUGACUUUGCACUGAAACCAAGCUGUGUUCUUGUUUUAUUUUGUUUUGUUUUUAAAACAACAUUCAAACAGAAGCCAGAAUAAGGUGUUUAUAACCAGCCAGAUGACAACUGAUUAUGUAUGUGAAGAUAAAUGGAUUGCGCUACAUUUAAACUAUAUUGAAAUGAGUGAAGCCAAAAAAAAUUCUGUCAUUUUUUCCCCCGCAUUAAUAUAGGUAUUUAUUUGAAAAUAAAUGAUUUUUAACUCGAAA